AUGUACUGCAUCGGUGGCGGGAUCCUGCUGGCCAUGCUCGUGCUGAUGGCUGUUGUCAUCUGUCUUUACCACAAAGUGGCCAACGCACUGAACUGGCUGGUGCCACAGCUCUGCAGACUGAAGACUGACAAGGUUGCUGCGGCCAUCACCCCUGGGUCUUAUCCCAACCUGCAGUGCUGCGAUGAGUGUAACUUGUAUGCUGGCUUUGAUCCCCUGCCACCGUGCUUCUGUGAUGUAAACGAGGGACUCUAA